AUGUGGUUCAUCAACUUCUACUCUACCUAUUGUUCACAUUGUCAUCAACUAGCGCCCACGUGGCGGAAGUUUGCAAGAACUAUGGAAGGUGUAGUGAGGAUUGGAGCGGUAAACUGUGCCGAAGAUCCUGGACUCUGCCAAUCACAACGAGUGAACGCGUAUCCGUCGCUGGUUAUCUACCCAUCGGGCGAAUUCUAUGGUGGAGUGCGUGAUGUCGAACUACUGCAAGAGUUCAUAAUGCAACGAAUGACAUCCGAGGUUCUUCAUCUGAAGUCCGAUAAUAUCGAAGCGUUGACGACCUCAUGGCAACCAUACGAUUCUCGACCGUGGAUCAUCGACUUCUGUGACAGGAGCGACUCCUGUCUUUCUUCUGUCAAUAGGUAUGGUUUUGUUUCGAAGUAG